AUGAUACAUUUCUAUAUAUUAUCUGAUUUGUAUUUAGAUGAUACUAAUCAAAGUGGAAUAGUUGAUGAAAGACUAUUAAACUUGUCAAAUCAAGAUGGUGAUAAUAUUGUGUUGGUUUUGGCUGGCAAUAUUGGAGUAAUAAGAACAAAGGGUGACAAUAUCAUUGAUACUGAAUCACCACUGUAUAAAUGGUUAGAUGCAGUCAUUAGAAUCAAGAGUAUCAAUAGGAUAUACUAUCUACCCGGUCCAUUGGAAUACUCAUCUAAAUACAAAGGUGCCACUGGCACUACUACGAUUGGUGGUACUACAUCUAUGCAAACAAUCAACAAAGCAAUGCACCAAUCACAAUGGUUUACAUCAAAGAAGUUGGUAUGGAUGCAAAACAAGACAAUUGAUGUCGGUAAAUCUUUUAAAUUGGUUGGGUGUACUAUGUGGCCACAAAUACCUUCGUCGUUUAAAGAACCCGUUGCAUUCAAGGGAUUCGAUUAUCGGUAUAUCUGUCCAUCAUCAGAUGAACCAUGUGGCCAUUCCUAUAUGAUGAGUAAUCAAAAGGAAUGGAGUAAAGAUGAUAUUAAAUGGAUCAAUGAUACAGUCAAAUCAAUUGUUAAUGAAUCGUCGUCAUCGUCACUAUCUUUAUCAUUAACAAAUAGUGAUAGUGAUAAUGAGUGUAGUAUAAUAAUGCUUACUCAUUAUUCUCCAUCUAUUGAUACUUCUAUAUCCCCCGAACUACCUUAUAAAAAGUCACUUUCAAUUUGUAGUGAUUUAAGAUUUGAUAGUUUUAUGUCAUAUUAUGGUGACUAUAUAAAGUAUUGGUGCUAUGGGCAUACUGGAGCUAAUCCAUCUCACAACCUAGUUAACGAUCAAGUACACCUAGUCUCAAAUCAACAAUUCGACGGAUCAGCUUUCAAUGGCAACACCAAUAGUACUAGUCAUUCUCCAAUCAAUACUUUUAGUUUAAACAAACCUUUUUUCUCUAUACCAGGUCAUUUGGAAAAAUUAAAUGAUCAGCAAGGACAAGAAAAAGAAACAACAAAUGAUAAUAAUAUUAAUAAUGGAUUUAAAUUACCAACACUACCAGCUUCAAAAACAACAACUUCAACAACAAAUCAAUUUAAACUACCUGUUGUCGAUAAUCAAGAUAAAUUAAAGAAUAAUAAUAAUAAUAAUAAUGGAAAUCAAGUAUUGGAUUCAAUUUCAGAUUUAUUAAGUAAACCAAUGAGUGAAGAAGAAAGAACAAAACAAUUAACAAUGCUCAUGAUGAAAGGUAAUCAAAAUGACAAUGACGAUUUAAAUAAUAAUAGUAAUAGUAAAUUCUUUGGAAAAUCAUCGGCACCCAAAAAUAUAGAAUUAAAUAACAAAAAGGAUAAUAAUAAUAAUCAUCAACCAAAAGUAUUUACAGCUGAAAUGUUUGAAAAUGAUUUUGCAGAUGAUGAUGAGAGUGACGAUAUAUUUUCAACAACACCUAAAAGAUCAAUUGAUGAAACUACAACUACCCCAACCACAACAACAAAUAUUAAUAUUGAUAAUAAUAAUAAGGAAGAAAAGAAAAAGAAAAAGUUUAAAUUUUAA